UGUUGAAACGCGAAGUUAGGUUGUGUGACCUAUAAGGAGGGGGUGGUCUUGAAUAAAUAUUUUCUGACGAAGCUCAACAGAGAAGCCGAACCUCCACUGACUCUUGUUUUACAGACCGGAGCGCUGCAUUGUUACGAAGAAUAGCGUUUGUUUUAAUCCUCGGAGUUAAAAAAUGGGUGCGAUACGCUUCAUACAGUAAUAUCAAUUGUAAAUGUAGCCUAACAGUGUACCAGGUAAGCUUGUCCAGGAAUUCAGUUCCUUCUGAGAAGAUUUUCAAGUCGUCUUUCGGACUUCAUUCAAGAAGAAAUCACUUUUUUUCAUCGGUGCGGACAAGUGAACGUUAUGUCCGAGCAUCAAUUGGCGACGAUAUACAUCGCAUAACUUCAGGUCGUGUAGCCUGUACAUCGAAGAACCGGAUCUCAUCCAUGAAAUACAAUUUGACCAAAUGUCAAGGUUACUAUAGCGGAAAUCCUAAAUCGUCAUCCAGCUCUAUUAUUAAACAAACACGCCGUGUAUCAGCUGUUUGUGUCCGAUAGGCUACCUCUAAUCUGAGAUGCUUUUGUAGAUUAUUAAACUAACAAACUCGUGGACGACAUUGGUAUUGUGCUGUUGCGAUACCAUUGCUGGCGUUUCACGCUUUCACGGGAUUAUAGUUUGAAUUAAAAUCUCUGGGUGGACGAAAACGACUAUAUUCCAUGUCGUGUGGAUUAUUGAGAGAGAGAUAGUCGUGGGAAUCGAGACACCUGAGCCGGAUACCUGUAACUUUUCUCUCUCGAAAGCUCUUCAUUGCGCUUUCGGUCGCUGGUUGACACGGUCUUUUUUAUUUAACUCUUAACUGGUUUGGUAUAAUGGACGUGAUAGCUCUAGAUAAAGUUCACCAGCAUCACAAUCCAACAGAUUCUCGCUGGGAAUUCGUCGCUGGACUGUAGACGUCGGUCGGGAGAUAUUUUGGAGGAGCGCUGUUGUUUAUCAUAAGAAACGGGAUUUAUUCGUGGAAACUACUACGAUGUCCGUUAUACGCUCUUGGAUGGAAACGCUGUUGCUGUAUAUGUUCAUUUCGGAAGUUGCUGGUAAAGUUUCUCCUACCAGUUCAGAUGCCCUCUUCAGUGUUCCAGUUCCUAGUACCACCUCCAGCCCGCCAGAAGUUUACCUCCCUGCCAACUUUAAGCUCUCCAACACACAGUUGGCCUUCUUUCUCCAAGAGAACCGAGUUCAACCAUAUGGCAGCCAACGUGGACACCCUCUUCAGCGUUCAGAAAGCUUUGUGGUCUUCCAGACCAAGGAGCUGCCUGCAAUCAAUAUCUCACUUGGACCUUUUACCCAAGACCAGACGUUGUCCAAGGACCUACUGCAGCCAUCAAGUCCUUUGGACAUUCCUGGAAGGCUGACAGUCAACUGGAAGGUCCGGGCUUUUAUUGUACAGUCUAGAGUUUUUGCUAGUAACCCACUGGUUCAGGUGCUGUUCUAUAUCGCAGGACGGGACUGGGAUGACUUCAAGAUUCAGGACAAGCUUCCAUGUGUGAGGCUGCAUGCUUUUAGAGAUGUUCGGGAGAUCAAAACUUCCUGCAGGCUUCAAGGGAAUCUGGCGCAGUGCUUGGCCCAACUGGAUCUCCCUUCCACUUGGUUUAAUGUUAAUGUAGCACCAUUGGGUCGCAGAAAGUCCUCAGGGACAGAUGGGCUUGAGUUGAGUGGAGAGACCCUUCAAGUAGAGCUUUACUAUACCCUCCAUGAUCCAGACAGCAAUGAUGAAUGUGGGGAGAGCUACCCACGCCGGGGAGGGGCAUCCAGAGGGGAGAGCUCAUCCCAACAACCCCUUCUCCGUAUUGGGAGCAUCAGUUUGUACCAGCCCAGUCAGGAACAACUGGUGGUAGACAAACAGCUUGACAAGAACCUCUUUCUCAGGCUACCAGAAAGGCCAUUAAAACCAGGAGAGACCCUCAACAUCUACCUGCUCCUGGUCCCAAACUCUACUGUGGAGCAGUUUACACUAAAGGUGAAAGCAAAGAAAGGGGUGAACCUCCUUAGCACUAAGUCGAGGAGUAACCAGUGGAAGGUUGAAUGGGAUGUGCAGUCCGGAGCCAAACACUCCAUUGCAACCGUGGAAGCCAGCAAGAUCAAAGGAGUCCCUGAGGACAUGGCUGCCAGCAUCGAAAUUAUGCAGCUAGACUUUGAGAUGGAGAACUUCACCAGUCAAUCAGUCACCAGAAGAAUCAACUGGAAUAUUGAUUACAGGGGCCAGAAUCCAGCCUCGGAUGCAGAGAAGGUGGUCACAGAGCUGACGGUUGUGCAGAAGGACAUCCAAGCCAUCAUUCCACUUUCAAUGGACACUGAGAUUAUCAACACGGCAGUUCUUACUGGCCGAACUGUGGCCAUCCCUGUCAAGGUAGUUUCCAUAGAGCUGAACGGAGCAGUCACUGAUGUGUCAUCCUUUGUGCAGUGCAAGUCAUUCAAUGAGGACAUUGUCAAGGUGUCCAUGAACUGUGACUAUGUGUUUGUGAAUGGAAAAGAGACGCGUGGCUCCAUGAACGCUCGGGUGAUUUUCAGCUAUGAGCACCUGAGUGCUCCUCUUGAGCUCACAGUCUGGGUGCCCAAACUGCCCCUUAAAGUGGAGCUCUCAGACAACAGACUGAGCUUCAUCAAGGGCUGGAGGGUGCCCAUAUUACCCGACCGCAGAACGGCCAGAGACAGCGAUGAUGAUGAUGAAGAUGACCGUAAAGUGAGCAGAGGAUGUACACUGCAGUACCAGAGAGCCCAGGUUAAGGUUCUGACCCAGUUCCACACAACCUCUAGUGAAGGCACAAACCAGAUGAUCACUAUGCUGGGUCCUGACUGGCAAGUGGAUGUGACAGAACUGGUGCAAGACUCUCUGAAGGUGGUGGAUGCCAGGGUGGCUGAGCUGGUGGACAGGACGGUACUCGUGGCCAACGAGCUUGGAUCAUCCACUCUGAAGGUUGAAUCUCCACUGGCAGUGGAGGCGGUGCUGGGUGAAACACAGUUCUCUGUGGUAGACGAUAAAGUGUCCAUAGUGGAGCUACGUGUUCAUGCCAUCUCAGGACUGGCACUUAAUCUUCAGCCAAGCCCUGGCAACAGCCAUACCAUGGUUGCCAAGGCAACUGGCCUGCAGACUCUCUCAGCUCUUAAGCAGGAGGCCAGUCUGUCCAUCUGGGUUUACUACAGCGACAAUACCGCCGCCCCCCUGAGUAUGUAUGACCCAAACAACUACAACCUCAAUGCCACCACAGCAGACGAUAAGGUGGUUACAGUGGCUCAACAACCUCAACAGCGGUGGCCAGUCAUCAUGGCCGAAGGCGAGGGCACAGGAGAGGUAGUGCACGUGGAGAUGACCAUCAGCGAAACCUGCCAGAAGACUAAACGCAAGAGUGUCAUUGCUUCUUCUCCUGUGUUCGUCAAAGUCCGCUUUGGACUGGAUGAAGACUCUGAGGAGGAAGUGGAUACAGAGACUGAAAUAGACACUAGAAUGCCUGCCAACACGAGAAGGCCCGUUAUCGAUUCCAACGCAGGUGGUGGAGGGUAUGAACCAUCUAAUGAGCAGCCCGCAAGUGUGCCCAUCGAUUACACCAACUUUCCUACAGUAAGCAAUCCAGAGGAACCAACCGAAGAAGACGAGGAGGAUGACGAAUUUGUGCACAGUCCCCGUAGCAUGACCGACCUGGAGAUAGGCAUGUAUGCUCUCCUCGGGGUGUUUUGUCUCGCCAUACUGGUCUUUCUUAUAAACUGUAUUGUGUUUGUGUUGAAGUAUCGUCAUAAGCGCAUCCCUCCUGAAGGCCAAGCCAACAUGGACCAUUCCCACCACUGGGUGUUCUUGGGUAAUGGAGAACCCCUGCGCACCCAGAGCGAUCUCUCGCCUCAGACGGUGGAGAGCCCCAGCAACACCUUGGAGGGGGUACAGUCUUGUUGUCAUGGGGACCACCACAGCAGCGGCAGCUCCCAGACUAGCGUACAAAGCCAAGUCCACGGCCGAGGAGACGGCAGCUCCGGAGGUUCCACCAAAGACCACGGAGAGGAAGCCAGCUCACCGACCUCCAAACGCAAGCGUGUCAAGUUUACCACCUUCACUCUUCCCACGGAGGAUUUACCCUACAACUCCAUCCCCAUUGCCAACGAAGAGGACAUUCAGUGGGUAUGCCAAGACAUGGGCUUUCAGGACCCAGAGGAACUGCACGACUACAUGCGCAGGAUAAAGGAAAUAGCCUGACCGGGCUAUGUGCUUUCUAAAGACGUUCCUUUCUAUUUUUCUCUCUUAAUUUUCACUCUAGAGGAGGUAUCUUUCACAAGAAAAACAACCAAGGCCCAAUGUCCAGUUUUGUUGGGGUUUUCUGUACAGUGCUGUUUCCCUUACACAUUGACACUUGUACGAACUAAAAAAUAUUCAUGACGCUGCCAGGGAAGCCAAAGACGAGUCUAAGGGAUUCUAGCAAAAAUGGCUUUAGCGGUGUGUAUGAUUGCUGCUCAGUGGAAGGGUGAGUGUACAAUCUUUAAGGGAAACAUAGAAUUUCAGUUGUGAACACUGAUAUCAAAAUGGAUUCCUGAAGUACUCAAUCAUGUGUGGGUCACCCUACUGUGGAUAGGAUCUUUCUCAGAGGAAUGCCUGGAGUCUUGGCACUGUGGCCAUUCUUCUUUUUCUUCUUCUUCUCUUUUUUUAAUUCAACAGAUCCUUCUCCAACAAAGAGGCCUUUGAAGUGCAGAUUCUACUUUUGUCCCAGAUUUGUGUUUAAGAUGGAUCAUUUUCAUGCCAUUGUUGAUAAACCUGACACAGACACUGUCAGGGACGUUCGUGAGAACAUGCCAUGGAUUCUUUCUGUCAGUGUUGGAAAUGUUGAAUGGUUUUAUCCCCCUGCCCCUCUUUUCAGUGUUAUCUUGGUUCAACACAUGCAUUGGUUGCUGAAUUAGUUCUUCUUCUGUCUUUGGUAUUUCAUACUCAUUCUCAAUCUGGAUGCCACCUCUGCUUCUCUCACUGUCUUGGUUAAGUCUAAUGCCUUAUUAAAAGGAUCUCAAUCGUCACAACCUCGCUCUGUGCUGACACCACAUUUGUCCACAUUGGUAAGGGACAAAGCAGGGACAACUCUACAGAAGUCUGUAUCUCAAUUAAACACGUGUCAGCACGGGAAAGGCAGGAGCUUGUACAUUGUGGAGUUAGAUAUCUUCUCCAACAUUCCUCUGCAUGAAUGGAGACUUGGAGGCACAAUUAGCACUCUUUUGUUUCUUUUUUACUUUGUAUAUGUUUGUAUUGUGAGAAUUAUCUAAUCAUACAUAAAUGAUAAUAGAGGACAUAUCAUGUUACCAUGCAUUACAUGCAUGUGCCAGACCCUCCCUCCUAUGUACAUACCAUGCUCAGUACAUAACGACUGCUGAAGCUUAACUCUUGAUUACUCAGUUAGCCUGAGGAAUAGGGGAGGCAGAUGCCAUAUAGGGACUCGGCAGCCAGAUACUUGAAUUUCAGUGAGGCUCUCUUUUCUCUUUCUCUUUCUCUCUCUUUACUGAUCUCACCGUGAAUUCCCAUGCAGGUGGUAAUAGAGUUAAGAUCUCUGGUAAGGAUAAAAUGCUAUGCAAAUUGAUUAUUGUGUUGAAGUAGAUCCGCCCCAGAUAUCGAUAUAGCCACCACGGUUACUUUCGUUAAUAUACCAAGAAAUAUCUCAAAACUAGAUGUAACAUCUGCCACAAUGUAAAUUGCAGGUUUUGGGGUUUGUUUAUUUCUUUUUAACUUUGAAGCUCGCUAGAGCUUUGUUAAAGAAAAUGCAGUAGCACAGUAGAUCAAGCCCGAAAUGUUAAACAUUUACUAGUUUAGAAAGGGGUAAGCUGGUAAUGGGUCUGGAAGCUUUUUUUGUGGUGAGGCACGAAAAAAAAAAAAUCUGUUUUGCUGCUGACCUAUCACAAGUUAGUUUCAGGGUUACAGUCCGCCCCCUCAGUUUCUUCAGGACGUCUAAAUUCACACACUGUAUUAAAUGUUUAUUUUUCCACUGUGCUGUAUUUGAAACAUGCAGGAUUUACCCAUGAGUUUGUUUUAAUAGUAUUAUUAAUAAUUUUCCUGUAACCGGGAAGAAACACCUAUAUUUUGUUUCUUUGUUUUAUAGAUUUUAUUAUAACAUUAUUUUUUUUAAACUCACACCUAGUUUAAUCAGGGGUCCUUUGCACGCCAGAUAAAAGUCACAGAGAAAGUAUUACUGACACCUCUCCGCCUUUGUCCUCUGAUUUGUAACCCCCUUCACCCUUUUCUCAAAGGAUUCUGAUGAGUAAACCCUCAGUCAUGACGUGUGAUGAAAUGAUGUAACAUGUCGAGGUAUUAGGUUUUGAUAGACAGUUGGAGUGUUGGUCAGUGAUUUAGUUUGACCCACACUUGACCUUUAUGGAGGCUCAGAACUGAAUGUAAACUUUUCAACUGUAUGAUCAAAAUGAACAUAAUUUCCACUGUAUUAUUAAAGUCUUCUGAUGGGGUACGUAAGACUCGAUAUGACUACUAGCAAGUCUCUGGUAGCAGCUCAUACACUUUUUCCUAAAAUUAUUUUCCUAAGUGUAACAUCACUAUCAGGACAUUUUUGGUUUCAUAUUGUUUUCUACUUUAAACUGAUGUAUGGUUGUAUAUGAAACAGCAGUUGCGAUAUCUGCGCUUUCAUUUUUCUUUCUCAAGAGGAGCUGCUACUAGGCCUUUGCCUUGACCACAUGCUGUGUUGUGGUGUAGAUUUGAGCUGUACUCUCUGACCUGCUGAAGCACGGUACUGUCAGCCUUGUGCUGCCACACCCUUAAUGUACAGAGCACUGUUACAACAUCCUGUAUCCUCCCUAGAAAACAACUGUUGUAUUUCCCUCCUUAUAUGUAAGUACUAAAGA